AUGCAGUCCUUCGAAUCGCAGGCAGCGCAGAAGCAGAUCAGGUCCUGGGUGGCAGCGGUGGAGCACGUGACACUGGCUGUAGACGGGCGUCGCAUGUCCGAGGGACGAGACAAGGAGAGCAUGCUGAACACGGUUGUUGCUGCUGGCGCAGAGCAUUUCCUGCGCUCUGAAGACAUGUCGGCGGUGGUCAAAGAUGCUGACCAUGUCGCAGAGUAUGUUGAGGCGAUUUUUGCCGAGGUCGAAAGCCCCCUGGCCGUUCACCCGUCACCCUCCAUAUCCACGCGGCACGUGGCUGCUGUCUGCAUGGAUUCGCCGAAUGUGAACAAGGCCGCCCUGAAAAAACUGCAGGAUAAGUAUGCCAAGAUCGCCUUCUUGCCAUGUGCCUUUCAUGCCAUCGACGGCCUCUUUGGGAAGAUGGUCAAGGACAUCACCGUGCUGUCUCAUGCCUGCCGCGUUGCCCGGCGUGUGACUAGGUUUGUCAGCAACAAGUCCCGUGUGCGUGCUGCGGUUCGCAAGUUGGCAGUGAAGCAUGCCGUGCGCAAGACCCGACAAGCUGGCAGAAAGAUUCAUGCCGUCUUCUACACCAAGGUUCGCAAGACACGGGAGUUCCCACAAUACUUACAGGUGAAACGCGCCUAUCAGCUCAAUUUCCCUGCCUACAAGUACUUUCAGCGUGAAGGCAAGGAAAUCUGUCGCCAGAUGAAGCGCUGGGAAGAGGUGCAGGCCGCCACGGUCACUCAGAGAAAUGCAUUCGUUGCGGUCGCAAAGUUUUUCUUGGCGAUCAUGCGGCCCGUCAUUCAGAAGCUCCGCGUGGUGGACUCCACAAAGGUCAACUGCAUGCCGCAGCUCAUUGUCCACUUGUGCGACUUGCGGCAGACCCUGCACGACAAGUUCGUGGAGCUCGGCUACGCAUACAGACUCAUUCGCGCCCGCGAUGGUGUCGACGUGGAGAAGGAGAUUCAGACAGACUUGAAGCGCAUCCACAACAUUUGCAACGAAGUCAUGCGCCCCUUGACGACACGCUGGCAUCGAGCUGCCAUGCUUGCGGAUCCUCACCAUGUCGAGGAGUAUGCCAAGGAGAAACAAGCUCGGGGAUGCCUGCAGCUCGAGGCCGGCCAGUGCGUCACAUACUUUUAG